AUGAUGAACAGAGUCGCCUCUACCGUUGCCAAGCAAGGUCGUCAAACUGUCAAAACUGCCACUGCAGCAUUUUCUUCUGCAGCCACCACAGAAGUUUCUACCGCUGCUGAAUGCAUCGCCUUGGAGGAAAAGUACGGAGCCUUCAACUAUGCUCCUUUGCCCGUCGUUCUCCAAAAAGGAGAGGGAACCAAGGUCUGGGAUACCGAAGGAAAGGAAUACUUUGAUUUCCUUUCUGCUUACUCUGCCGUCAACCAAGGACACUGUCACCCCAAGAUCAUUGCUGCCCUCACGGAGCAAGCCCAAACAUUGACCUUGACGUCGCGUGCUUUCCACAACGACGCUCUAGGAGAAUACUGUGAAUACAUCACGGAUUACUUUGGAAUGGAUCGCAUCUUGCCCAUGAACACCGGUGUGGAAGGUGGAGAGACUGCUGUCAAGCUCGCUCGUCGCUGGGGAUACCAGGUCAAGGGAAUUGCCCCCAACAAGGCCAGGGUUCUCUUUGCCAACCAAAAUUUCUGGGGACGCACUUUGGCUGCUAUCAGCAGUAGUAACGAUCCUACUGCUUACAACCAAUUUGGUCCUUACAUGCCUGGUUUCUCGAAUGUUCCAUUCAAUGAUCUUGGAAGCUUGCAAAUGGAGUUCGAAAAGGAUGCCGAAAAUAUUGCUGCAUUCAUGGUCGAGCCCAUCCAAGGAGAAGCUGGAGUUGUCGUUCCUGAGGACGGAUACAUGGCAGAGGUCAAGAAAUUGUGCGAAAAGUACAACGUCUUGCUCAUUGCCGACGAAGUUCAAACGGGUCUAUGCCGAACUGGUUACCGUUUGGCAAUGGAUCACGAUGGAGUUCUUCCCGACAUUUUGGUCCUUGGAAAGGCUCUUUCCGGUGGUGUUCUCCCGGUUUCUGCCGUCUUGGCCACCGACGAAGUCAUGCUGACUUUGAAGCCAGGUGAGCACGGAUCUACCUAUGGAGGAAACCCACUGGCCUGUAAGGUUGCCAUCGCUGCUUUGGACGUUUUGAGAGACGAAAAUUUGGCUGAAAACUCGCAAGCCCGUGGAGAGCAAUUGCGACAGGGACUCGACAAAUUGGUCGGAGACAAGGUCGAAACCGUCCGUGGAAGAGGUCUAUUGAACGCCAUGGUCAUUAACGAACCCAAGGGUGGAUACGGUGAUAAGGGAAAAGCUUAUGAACUUUGUGAAACCAUGAUGGAUGCAGGUUUGUUGGCCAAGCCCACACAUGGAAACAUUAUCCGGUUUGCACCCCCUCUGACGAUCACGGAGCAGGAAAUGGAUGAAUGCUUGGACAUUAUCACAACUUCCGUUGCUAAGCUUGACUAA